AUGCACGUGGUGAACUCCUGCAGCCUUCCCACGGCAAUUGCUCACGCUGCUCACUUUGCGAGCACCAUUCGUCUCCCUGGUCCUGCAGCGCCUAUUGCGGGCGACUCGAAUUCACACCAUGAGCUGCGGGACGGUCGCUCACCAUCCACGACGGCAGGAGAGGACCUUGCCGCCACCUCAUCCGGCAUGGAGUGUGAGCUGUCUGACGACCCGGCACAGGCAACGCGGAUUAGCGGCCGCAGCGUCUCGUUUCCCGACGUGACUGCGCAACGCGUACUGCGUGUCUCCCACUGGACUUCCACCCGUUUGCAAGGAGUCGGACCACCAUCUGCCAUCCCACACUGCAGGGACGGAGGACGGCAUCCCGCGACAGGCAGGCAUGCUGCCACAACGGAAACAUGCCGCUUUGUCCUGCGUGAAGCUGACUGUGAUGCUUCCCCCUCGGCGUGUGGAACUCCUCUGGCCGCUGUGACCACAUGGUUGGAAAUGCACUGA